AGAGCGUCUGGGUUUGGAGUUAUAAUUUUCCACCGCGCUCUCUCGCAUUAUCAUUAUUAUUAUUAAUACUUUUAUUUCUUUGCGAGAGGAGCCCCGCGUGGAGAAGACGCAGAUCCAGAGGAGGAUGCAUGGCAGGUAGAAGACCCUGCCAGCAGCGAUUGACUUCCCAUUUGUCUGGAGAUUUCCUCUGUACGCUGACUGCAAAGACCCCCCUUUCAACCCUAUAAAGCAGCCUCUUCUGCGAACGGAAGCCCAGGCAGCCAGCGGCAGUCCAGGCCCAUCCCAAAUUCUCUUGUAUCUGCAAAGGUAGACCCGGAGGGAAGGCCUGUGGCAAGACUGUCCCCAAAAUGACUGCCAAGCGUGGAGCAGCCCAAGGAGCUAUCGAGCAGAUGGCCCGGCGGGGAAUGAAAAUGGAGGAGGACGACGAUGAGCCUGAAACCCCGGAACCGGAGGAAAGAUGGCGGAAGAAGGGGGGAGAGGGCUCUCGCAGUCUCCGAGAAAAAGAUGGAGGGUUGCCCAGGGGCAGAUCGGGUCACCACAAGGAGCUACUCAGCGCGACUCGUUCCAGCCGUUCCGGAUGGAAAAAUCCCCACCCUGCAAGGUCCGCUGCAUGGCGAAACAAACAAGGGUCCUCGCCCUCCACUGAGGGACCCGCGGUCGCCCACCAGUGGCCAAAGGGUGGACGGGCUGCCCGCCACCCACCCCCAGGCCUCGGGGAAGAAGUGCCCGAGGCCCACAACAGCAUGGACUCGGGGGAGAUCAGCGAGUCUGGGACAGUGAAAGUGAAGGAGGAAGUCUUGGGGGACGACUCUGCCAGCAUGGAAAUGAGACGGCAGCGCUUCCGGCAGUUCCGCUACCAGGAGGCUGAGGGCCCCCGCGAGGUGUGCAGCCAGCUGUGGUACCUCUGCCAUCGGUGGCUGAAGCCGGAGAGGCACACCAAAGAGCAGAUCCUGGAGCUCUUGAUCCUGGAGCAGUUCCUGGCCAUUUUGCCUCUGGAUAUCCAGAGCUGGGUGAGGGAACACGAACCAGAGACCUGUUCACAAGCGGCCACCCUGGCUGAGGAGUUUCUGCAGAUGCAGCAAGAGGCCGAAAGGAGGGAACAACAG